UGUUCUAGGACCUCCGUGAUUAUCAACAAAAGAUGCCAAUCAGACAGCCUUAGCCAAAUCCCUGAAAGCCCAGUUCAAAAGGAAAAGAAAAAAAAAUCAGGUUUAAGACACAAGAAAAAGGGACGCAGCAAACCACAGCGCAGGAAAACUGGGCGCACACAGGCACGUAGGCUCCCCUGCAUGGAAACAGCAGGUUGUAACCGACUACCCGGAGAACGCGGAGCACCCCAGACAGGAACUUUAAAAGGAUUGAAAUCUGUUGCCUGUUCCACUAGGAAUAUUGUUUGCAAGGCACAAGGUGUCUUUUGGUAGUGAGUACCCUCUGCGCAUGCGCAGGUCCAUUCGGGAAUUACUGCCCAGCCGCCGACUAAGUUGCAUUCCUUGAAUCUUCGCAGAAAAGACAAUUCUUUCAUCAGAGUUAGUAAUGUGGACAGUACAAAAUCGAGAGAGUUUGGGGCUUCUUUCUUUUCCUGUGAUGGUUGCCAUGGUUUGUUGUGCACACAGCUCCAAUGAGCCCAGCAACAUGUCAUACGUGAAAGAGACAGUGGACCGACUGCUGAAAGGAUAUGACAUUCGCUUGCGGCCGGACUUCGGAGGGCCCCCGGUGGACGUCGGGAUGCGGAUCGAUGUCGCCAGCAUAGACAUGGUCUCGGAAGUGAACAUGGAUUAUACACUCACCAUGUAUUUCCAGCAGUCUUGGAAAGACAAGAGGCUUUCAUAUUCUGGAAUCCCAUUAAAUCUGACCCUCGACAACAGGGUAGCUGACCAACUCUGGGUACCAGACACCUACUUUCUCAAUGACAAGAAAUCAUUUGUGCAUGGGGUCACAGUGAAAAACCGAAUGAUAAGGCUGCAUCCUGAUGGAACUGUGCUCUAUGGACUACGGAUCACAACCACUGCAGCAUGCAUGAUGGAUCUUCGAAGAUAUCCUCUGGAUGAGCAAAACUGCACCCUGGAGAUUGAAAGUUAUGGCUACACCACCGACGACAUCGAGUUUUACUGGAAUGGAGGAGAGGGAGCAGUAACCGGGGUCAAUAAAAUCGAGCUUCCUCAGUUUUCAAUUGUUGACUACAAGAUGGUGUCCAAGAAGGUGGAGUUUACAACAGGGGCAUAUCCACGACUAUCACUAAGUUUUCGUCUAAAAAGAAACAUCGGAUACUUCAUUUUGCAGACCUACAUGCCUUCCACACUGAUUACAAUUCUAUCCUGGGUGUCAUUUUGGAUCAACUAUGAUGCAUCUGCAGCCAGAGUCGCACUAGGAAUUACCACGGUGCUGACAAUGACAACCAUCAGCACUCACCUCAGGGAGACUCUGCCAAAGAUUCCCUACGUCAAAGCGAUUGAUAUCUACCUGAUGGGCUGUUUUGUGUUUGUGUUCCUGGCUCUGCUGGAAUAUGCUUUUGUAAAUUACAUUUUCUUUGGGAAAGGCCCUCAGAAGAAGGGAGCAAGCAAACAAGACCAGAGUGCCAAUGAAAAGAAUAAACUGGAGAUGAACAAAGUCCAGGUCGACGCCCAUGGCAAUAUUCUCCUCAGCACCCUGGAAAUCAGGAAUGAGACCAGCGGCUCCGAGGUGCUCACAGGUGUGAGUGACCCCAAGGCCACCAUGUACUCGUAUGACAGUGCCAGCAUCCAGUACCGCAAGCCGCUGAGCAGCCGCGAGGGCUUCGGGCGCGGGCUGGACAGGCACGGGAUGCCCGGCAAGGGGCGCAUCCGCAGGCGCGCCUCGCAACUCAAAGUGAAGAUCCCUGACUUAACUGACGUGAACUCCAUAGACAAGUGGUCCCGAAUGUUUUUCCCCAUCACCUUUUCCCUUUUUAAUGUCGUUUAUUGGCUUUACUAUGUACACUAAGGUCAGUCUCAUGGUUUCAUUUAGACUCUUUUCCUUGGCUUGUUUUCUAACCCCACAGGUUCCCAACAGCGAUCACUGCUGUGGUUUUUGAGGUAAGAGAUUCAGCCAUCCAAUUGGUUUUCGUGUCAGUUUUUCUUAUCACACCAUGUUUACUUCAACAACAACAAAAGGGUAUUUUUUUCCUGUCUACUGUGGUCCAGGUUAUUAGCUCUGUAAGAGUUCCGUCGAUUGCUUUGUUUACAAACACAAGAGAGAGAGAGGUAGAUGGGUGGUAGCUAUUGUUGGCAGUCUUUCCUAGUUGCCCUGGAUCUUGCCGAAUAAUUUGAAAAUGAAAAUGUACAAUGGACCUUGCUGUCCACCUGCACUGUGUUCUGAGUAAACUGUAAUCAUCUCAUUCUGCCAAAAACAAAACAACAAAAAAAAAAUGUUUUUAAUGACAAGAAAAAGAAAAAAAAAACUAACUUCAGCAUCUCAGAAGAAUAAAGCCAUUGAUAAGCUGCAGGUUUCCAGGAAGUGGGGAUAUAAUGCUGACAGUUUCCCUUCCCUCUGAAGUUCUCCUGAGUCCCUUCCUGAAGGCUUCUCAGCUCUGGAGAAGAGGGACCUCAAAGCUAGUGUCAGUCACCUUUUCUCCCAAACUCACCCCCCAUCCAACAGUGACCAUGGAGAUCCAUACCAAUGCUUCUUUCUCAAACUGCCCAGAUGUUCAAAGUUAGUAUUAGAAUCCAGCCUGAUCUAACCGGUAGUCACUGAGAACAUUUUUCUUUUCUUCUCAAGAAUAAAGAGUUUGGGGGACAAUCAAUAUUUUUUCUGGCUGGCCGUUAUGGAAAGCAGCCAUGACUCUCCUUCAUGAGCCUUAGAAUCUCCUAAUGCCAUGAAACCAUGUGAUCAUAUUUCCACAGUUUCUGCUCCAGAAAAAGGAGAGAGAGGAUAUGUGGGGUCCAGCCAGUGGGGGACUUGAAGGAGGUAGAGACAUUUUUUUUUUUUCUCAAGGAAAAUUUAUUUCUAUGAGAAAGGCAAGACUUACAUGUUAUGAGAAGGGUACCUGGGCAGUUACCUGAACUGCCAAGUCUUAAGUCACAUUGUAUGUAUUGCUUAGCCUUCCAGACAGCAGCAUCUAAUGGUGACAAGCUCAUCACACAGGACUCGACUGGAACUUUUUGAUUCUGUUCUCUGAGCUCUGCAUUUUAAACUACAAAAUGGAUGGCCCAGGAAAUGCUCAUCCACCACAUCAGUGUCUUCCUCCAAAGCCAGAUUUCCAGCUAAAAACAAACAAAAAAAGAAACUUUAUUAAAGCAAAAUCGCAGAAAGAGAAGAAACUCAUAAUGACAAAAUACCAAGCCUUUAACCAUGCACACCAGCCCCUGAUGUGUGGACCCUGCCUGUCUACACUCAUUAAUCACUGUCAUUAUUGCACAGCCUCUCUUGUGCUCAUGGAUGACUCUGGGUCAUGGUUCUCGUGACUUUCAGUAAAGCAACACAAUUCUAAAGAUGCUCAACAAGCUACUGUUGAGUUCUUCCCAUUUCAUGUCAUUAAAACCUCAUUUUCUUUCGGAAUGAGCUUGUCAAAUUAUAUAUGUUUAUUUGCAAGGUUGAGUGAGACCACAAAUUGACUAACCACGGAUGGAGGCCACUUUGGUACACGACCCAUGCACGGGACGAGGAAAUGAAGGAGUUGAAUAAGGAUGACUGCCUCGUUUGAUAGUCUGGUUCUCCUCUCAGAAGAGAAUCAAUGUGCAGAGUAGUGGGAGCUGCUACAAUUAUCGUCACAAUGGGAAAGGGAAAGCUGAAAUUCCUAUGAAUGAGCCCAAGGGGAGAAUAUGGAAAAAAUACAGUUAGAAAGCAAGAGGAAAAGAGAAACCUUAAAUGAGUGAGUGGGGCUGGAUGUAAUAACAGACACUAUUAAAAAUAUAAAGGUCCCACUACACAUUUAAAAAACAAAAACUGAUCACAGCAAUUUCUUGAGGAGUGCUGGGAUUUUGAAGACGAAUUCUCACUUAGGUUUUCAGGAAGUGUAAACAUGCUUCCCAGGCUGAGCAAUCUUCAAACUGUGGUCACAGGGUCAUCCAUGCAUGUAAAGCUCUGCUCAGUUCUCAGCAGGCUGAGAUGCCUUGCCAUGGAUAAUGCCAGGACAGAGUAGAACAUGGUCCUGUCUGUAAUGGGAGCUUCCUGUUGCCUAUGAAGACUCAGGAACCACUUUGCAGUCAUUUAGUUUAAACAUUAGGAAGGGAAAUUACGUGCCUGAUUGCUGAACAGAAAUUAAUCAUUCUGAUGUCAAAGCUGUUUAAAAGGCUUUUAAGACAGGAAUACUGAAUCUAGAGAAGUAUCUACUUAAAUCUUCUCAUAAAAGAUUGUGAUAAUUUGUUUUUUCAGUACUACAUUUUCCUUUUUAAAAUCUAAAGUGAUUUUGUUAUAGUUUUAGAUAUAAAGCAUCUUUUAAAAAAAAAAAUUUUGAACUCCUACAUUUUAACCUUCUAAAAUGUAAACGUGAUUAGGCCCGCACUGCCCACUGGGCAUGAAUGGUAUGGGGAUCACAGCCAUGAUUAUGCAAAUCCAAUCAAAUGGCUUUGAUCUCAGAGGCAAGGGAAGCCCACAGCAUUGAAAAGCUGUCCUGCUUAUGGGUCACGAUCUUUGUCCUAACUUCUGAACACAUCCCGGACUAAUCCUUUCCUCUCUGCUCCCUUCACAAGCCAAACACUGACAGGGAAGCACCUUCCUUCUCUGGCUUUCUCCCUCUUCUUGCCCUAAAUGUUGUAAAUAGAAUAUAAAAGUUAUUAAACAUUCUGAAAUGUCCUCACACUGGCCCCCAUUCUUGAAAGAUUCAGAUUAUGUCAUACAAAGGUUAUUGUUUAACUAUUAUUGAGUUGAUUUCUUUUGCCCUGGAAAUAGCCAAAAUCCCCUGCAUCGAGGAACAGAAGAAACUGAAACCGGAAGACUCCCUUAUGCCCCAUUUACACCCAGAGAACCCCAUAUUUCACAGUUCAGCUGUGGGACAGAUUGUGUGGAAGACUUACCCUGCUGUGAGCAGGGGAGACAUCACACCUUUUACUUAACAAUGCUGACUGCACACUUAUCCCUUCUUCUCAGAUUUUUUCCCCCCCUUGGCUUGAAAUAUCAGAUGUUCCUUCCAGUUAACAGUUCUCUGAGGCAAAGACCCAGGUAAAGGCUUAUUCCGGCUUGAGUAAUCCAGGAUUAGUAUCUCCAUCUCCUCUGUUGCCAAAUAAAAACAGCAGCUGGCAGGCACGUCUGCUGAGUGAAUAAGCUGUGUUUGUGUACACACUACCUUUAUUGUGCAUUACAGUCAGUGAUGGAUCUUAAAAAUUCAGUGAGAAAAAAUGUGGUGCAGAGAAAAAGAGUAAUAGUUCCAGGGUCCAAAAGGCUGGGAUUUCCUUAAAAAACAAGUCAUAGGAAAUUGACAAAAUUCCACUGUCCUAAAGUCAAUGACUAUUUUAUGAAUGUUUGUUUAGAAAGGGUUUGGUUACAAUCUGCCAAGCUACACCAAAAGGAUACAGGACAGUCCUUCUAGAAGGAAACAGUCUCCAAGUUGGAUAGUAUCUUGUCAAAGGGGGAUGCGCUGCCGUUUGUUUAUUAAAGUAUAAUGACAUCUCCUAGGAAGGGGUGAAAGGAAUGUGCAAGUGUUUGCUCAAGAUGGUUCAGUCAGCAGUUUCUGAGUUGAACCGAAGAGACAAACAUACAUCUGAAAAAAGACGCAAAGAUCCAUUUGCUUUUGGAAUGUGGACUACUGUGUGAACGUCCUUGUAAAUUCUGUACAUAGUUCACUGAACUGUCCCCUGUGGCGUGGUGGUCUUCAACUUUGGGGGGAUGUUUGAACAACCUGAGCACUGUAAAUAACGUAAGCUUACGAAGCAUUUGCUUUUAUUCAUAAAGUGAAAUGAUUAGUGAUUUGGGCCCAAACCAGAAUCUCUCCAGCUCUUGCUCUUUCAUGCAUUCAGUCAUGUGACUCUGCUGUAAGCCAUAGCCAGGUGUCUGUGAUCACUGCCUCAUGCCUUUACCCACUCAAAGGGACAGCAGCUGCCUAGAGGGCUGCCAACCUAUGGGGCCAAAGAACAGAGCACCAGCAGAAACAGGAAAGGGAGCAAUCUGCUCCUUGAACAGUCAUGAAAAGUAGAUACUCUGUUUUCAGUCGCUGUGGCUAUUCGUAUCAAAGACUGAAUUACUGAUGCUGCUUCAGGGGUCAGGGAUGGAAGAGAUGCUCAAAAUCCACAGGUAAUCCAAAGCUUUGUCUGCACCAAUAGCUUUAGCAUCUAACUUCUUUUCCACUACAUUUUCUAGAACUUCUAAUAAGACUAGAAAUGAAUAGAAUUGAUGGGUUUGAUCAGGGUGAACAAUAAAUAUCCAAAGGAUAGGCAGGGGUACAGGGAGAAACAAUAAAUGUCCUGGAUAGCACCAGGUGGCAGACACAUACCCGAAAGGUACAGAGGUAACUAUGUCCUUACUUCUAAAGGUAGAGAAAAAUUUUGGUACAAACUGAUCAAGACGGCAAACACAGGUAUUUAACUUGGGGAAAGAGUAUGUGCAGUGUGAGCUGCUUGAAUUUGAAGAACCUGGUAAUUAAAAAGUUCCAGAUAUUCUUUCCUCCAAGUUUUCGGAGUUCUUUCAAAAGUCUUCAAGAUGUGGGCUGUUAUGGCACGGAAUGUGUUUCCAUGCAAACUGGCAAUCCCAGAGAGAGUGACAGCACCAAAAGACACUCAAGCCAUUGAAGACCGAGAUUGGUUUCUCAGUGUUAGAGGGAAAGGUGCCCUCCUUGGAGGUAAAAUCCUUUGUGUCAUUUUACAUGGUAGCAGAGUAUACAUGGGGAACUAUUAUUUUGGGACAUUUUAAUUCCAAGAUGUGACCCACAACCACCUGAACACACAAAACACACCUUGUUGGAACUAAUCCAUUCUGUCAAUUUUCAGGUUAGAACACACUGUGAUUUUUACCUUAGCUUUCCUUCAGAUAACCCAUCAGCUGGAAUGAUUGAAAGUGUAAUUGUUGGGAGCUGCAGCAAGCUUUUGAUAGAAAUUCUUUAUAAUAAGUGAAUUACAAAACAGAAAAUAUUCAAUUCCUAGAAGGGUAGGAAUGAGGAUUCUGUGUUUUGACACCUCCCAUGGCAGGAAUUUCCCAUUAAAAUUGAAGCAGUCUAACAGAUUUUUCUUGUUUCUCUUUUACCUAGUCAGAAGUCUUUGGCAUAUUAAGGGACUUGCAUCAAGAGACUCAGAACCAUUUUUGAUUGGAUCCCAAACCUCUUGUGUAUCAUGGAUUUAUCACACACAAAAAAAAAAUUCCAAUGAGAAUUCAAAUUGGGAAAAUUGAUACUCCUGAACCAGUUGAGAAGGAAUUCCACUCUCCAGAGCAACAAUCCCCAUAUAUUCUGUCCUGUGGACAAUCAAAACAAGUCAGUACACACCGGAGAGAUCAAAUAACCUGUUAUAUUUGCCUUAGGGAUACAGGGUCACAGAUACAUUCAUUAAAAUUGUCUCAUUCCAAAGCCAAAGGAUGAUCAAGAGCAAUAUUAUUACCUGGCUCUUGCCUCUUCCCGGGUUUCCCUUUGAGGAGAAACAGGAAAGAGGAGACACUCCCAAAUAUAUUUUUAUAUGUUCAAAUAACUAAAAUAUUAUAUGUGUAUUUUGAAAUUUUGGAUUUUAUAAAAUAGAUGAACUUCUGUGUCUUUUUCUUUCCCAACUACAUACCCAAUAAAAUCGAUUCCUUUACUUAUUGCCCAUCUCAUUUCCAAAGCUCAUAUGCUAUCUUGCUUAUAUUUAGAUGGCAGCUUCAAUCUUUGAACUUACAUUGUAUUUCUUCAUUAAAUUCACAAACAAAAAAAUUAUAAUUCUUCCCAAUUUCUACUCAUAAUGCCUUUAAAAGGUCUUCAGAGGCGAAUCUUUUAAUUGUGGCCACCUCUGAAGACCCUUGAAUUAUUUUUGUUUGUUUUUUUAAGAGUACACAUGUUUACAAACAUCUUCUCUCUCCCAAAUUUUUCAGAAUACAGUAGAAAUGAAAAUAAUGAGCUUAGACCUGUGGAUGAUUAUGCUCUCUAUACUGUACACCAUACAACAUGCACUAUAAUAUUGAAAGGCUAAACAGUGGUGGAGAGAGGGAGAAAUAAUGAUGGAAGACACCUUGGAAUCAGAGUGGAGGUAUGCCUCCACUCAGGUCUGUGAUUCUUGAUAUGCCAGCAGAUGACUUCGAGUUUUCUUCCAGAACCAAGUGUCAAAGGUUAGAGGGGCUCAUUUACGUGGGAGUUUAACAAAUGGUGCCGGUUCACCAUGGUCCCUGCUGAUGCAGCCCCACAAAUCUAAUCCUAGUCUUUCCUGCAUGCCUUUGAGAGUCAGCCACUUGGUGUCAAGCUAAUUGAGGACUACUCAUAGUUCUUCCAAACCUCAUCCAAUACUCAGUUACAAAGGCAAGUAGCAAAAUUAUUUUACUGCUUUUAUAAUAUUCUGUACUACAAUCUUCCAUUUUAGGAAAGUAUCUUUAAGGGACUCUCAGAUAACAUUCAUCCAUGUGAUCUACUCUUUGUUUUUAGAUCUUUAGAAGAUAUAGACGUUCUUAAACCAUAUCCUCUGUAACAUGGUCAAGAAAAAGCCAUAAAACCCUCUUUUGUGGAUGGAAAAGCCAACUUCUAGCCAGCAACUGAGCCCAAACAUAUUCCGAUGACAUCUGCAGUUACGAACUUCUUAUCUCUCUAUGUCCCUAGAAUGAAACAACCAAAUACGCUUGAGCUUUCAAGCCAGAUGCAGCUUCCCAUCUAGAUGAAAGAGAUUCUGGGUCCUUAGAACCCAUUACUCAUCUUUCUUUCUCCUUUCCCCUUGUGUCCUGCUAUACCACUUGACCACUCCAAUUAGUCUGAUAUUUGAGAUACAGCCAUGGCCAAAAACUGAAAGUUUAUUAGAUUGUGAUUAGUCUUGCGGUUAUUCGCUAGCCAAUGUACCCUCCCCAUCCUAGUCUCUGAACAUGAUCACCAAAAUGAUUUCUGCAAGUAUCCUUCACUUUUACUGAGUGUUUAUGAUUCUCCUGGAGCCUUCAAACUGGUGAAAAUUGUUAGGAUAUUCUUUCCCCAUGCAAUUGCAAAGUGUCUGUGGAUCUGUUAUACAUGGCUUUAAGUGUGCUCAUAUGUGUUUUCUUAUAUAUCUUAUUUGUUGAAAUAUUUUAUCAUUUAUUAUAUUGAAUUUUUUAAAGAAAAUUGUUAGGAUAAUGCCUAGACAUACCAUUUUUCUGCUGUAUGUCAGGCUAUGAAUGGAACACCUUCUUUUUUUACAAAAUUAGCUGAGUGGUCUGCUCCCUGCCUCAGGCAUCCUUCAAAGAUGAUUCUUCCAACUUCCCUAUGUCCUGGUACACUCCUGCUCCUCAUAAAGCAAUGAGGUGAUUGCUUUCUUUUCUGCUUUCCCAUGGUGUUUUUGACCUAUAGAUGGAGUCACACCUAACAAUAUCAUUUUUUUUUUCCAGAGAAAGGAGGCAUUCCUAAUUGUUAAAGUCCUAACUGAGGUGAGGUUAGUAUUUUCUAACACAGGAGUAUCUGCUGAGAUCCAUUCAGGUGCAAGUGACUCUCAAAGGAUUUUUGUACAAUCAAAACAUUGUUAGCUCAUAUAACAGUAGGAUUCGAAGAAGAGACUCAUGUAGAUUGCUUAUUUCAGGAAUAUAAGACCCAAGACGCUUCUUGGGUUCUCUGAAUAUUAUCAGCACUCAGUUUAACUGCAACAGGGUUGCACAGCCUAUUCCUCAGAUAUUCAUACUGAGGGCCAGAAACAGGGUAAGUCUUGCCUUGGGUUACUUUGCAAAGUCAAGGAACUCUUUCCUCAUCUCAGCCCCUGAAACCAUCCUUUUUGUCCUGUUGGCCAAAGGUUAAGUUAGACAUCGUUCUUGAACCAUUCACUGAAGAGUGUGGUUAUCAUGACUGGCUUAUAACAAAUACCCAGAGCUGUACCAUGUAAAAGUUAAUUAAUAACAAGUAUAGAAAAUCCUUUCCCACCAAAAUAUAACAGCACUUUGCUCUACAUCCCAGCCCUAUAAAGAUAUAACACCGGUAUGGGGACACAGAAGCCCAAAUAGCUUAAAUAACUUACCCAGAUCUGAUAGUUACUGAUGAAGUGGGUAUUCAUUCCCAGUUUUUCUGCCUCCAAAGGCAAAAUUUCUACCUCUCCCAUAUGAUCUAUAUUUAAUCUCUUUGACCUCGAUGAUACAGGCUUUUAGAGUAAUUCAAAGAUGUGUGAAACUUGGAAGAAGAGAGCUCUCACAUCCAAGACUAAGGUACCGUGCCCAGUAGAUGCUGUUCAGUUUCUUUUCUGUCCACUCCACCCUCUCUCUACUCCCCACACAAGAGCCUUUCGUUGUUGUUCGAAGAGAGCAAUGAAGAAAAGCCUGUGGAGCAGCAGCAUUUGGCUGUGCCCCCUUCUUUGGGUCCACAGCAUUAUUAGAGGCUCACAUAACCCAGUUUGCCUGAGUUGGAGUGGCAAAUUAAGCGACCGCUUUAAAUUAUCGAGUCUCAGAAAUCUGGAGGAUGUAGGAAAUACGGAUAAGUUUACUGAUGGAGUUUAUAGUCAGUCCCAGAAGACACGACUUACCUCCUCAUGAGCCACUUCCCCCCCCACACACACCAGGCUUCACCACUCCUGUCCACUCUGCUUUUCAUUCUUCUCUUGAAUUAGCUCCUUCAAAAUUGAUCCAUAGACCUUCACUACCCUUAACUUCAAUAGCCAGACAUCAUCCCCAAAUACUCUUACUGCUACACUUCAAGAUUUACAUCUUGGGGUCAGUGGCAGGAUGCUUUUCCUAGCUCCACCCCAACGAUAACUUAGAGAACAAGCCACCAGCACCCAAAAUAUCCAUCUGAGUACCCAUCCUCAUUACUUCACCCACUGGCACCCUUCAAUUCUUGUAGCAACUCUGCCCAAUGACAUUGGGUAUCUUGUGUGUUUCUAGUACUCUUAUAAAUAGUCUGCCUCGCUAAGGAAAAAAAAAAAUAGUCCUUGAGAGUAAACACCCCAUUUUCUAAGUAUUUUGUAGAAUCGAAUGCAUAAAAUCUCUAAAUAAAUUAAAAAACAAAAUCAUACUUACAGUUGAGUUCUGGCUGACCCCAUGCAGAGUGGCCACUGGGAUUUUUUUUUCCCACUGAUUGAGUAGGCAGACAUAAUCUUCCUAAUACCUCCAUUGUACACAAGCUCUAGCAGAACUGCAUUUUGCAUCCUAAUUACUUUUUGCUUUUCCUUUCUUUAUACAAAAAAGGGAAUGUUUUCCUCCAUAGUGUCAUUUCUACCCCUGCCAAUUCUAUGCCUGCCUUAUUAAAAGUCUUUUGAAUGUGUGGUCUACGGGGUGUUUGAAGUUGGAAUGGCACUGCAGUGUCAAUGGCACACUCCAGUGUGAGUGAUAAGAGAAUAGUCAUGGAGGAUACUGUACAGCAAGGUCUGCUGCUUCUAAGACAUAAGCACUAGCACCAGCUAGGAAGGAGGGGCAGCUCUUAACCACUCACCACUGCUUCUCAGUUAUUAAAAAGCAGGGCAUGUGAACAGUCUUGUGUGAACCUUUCAGUCGCUGACACUGCUGUUGUGUAUUUACAUGCUUUCAUAGAAGAAACGUGGGACUUGCACACCUUACCUCCCCGUGAGAACCAGUCACCCCAGUUUGACUAAGUAGUAUAUUUUUCUACGUAUAUUUUCCCCAAGACAUUAGAUUUCAGUGUGUUUGGUUUUUCUUUUUUUAUCAACACGUUAUUGUCUGAUUUCUUUAUCUUUAAAAAAAAAAAUUCACUGGAUAAAGCUUGAAAUGUGUUUUGCAGGAGUGCCCCUGAGAUAUUUUUAAGAAAGCCCCUGGAUCAUUCUAACUCACUGUAGUAUGAAUUAUGAAUCCAAAUAACCUUUUAUAUUCAAAACAUCUACUAUUUUUCUAAGGAGGGAAUGAUUAUGAUUUUAUACGCAUGCAUUUAUUCACUGUUGCUCAACCCCCAUAUUUUAAAAUAAGCCAAUAACUCUCUUGAUAAAAAUUACCAUGUGACAUUUUUAAAAGGUCAAGAUUGCUUGAGAUUUUUGAAAUUCCCAAUGAUUUAAAUGCUUACAAGGUCCAAACAUGCUUUAACUUUUUAAAAUAAGUUUUUGGUUUUCACCACCAAAUGGCAGCAUUUUGUGCCAUUGUGAAGGACACAUGAUGACUGAUGUAACAUUGGUAUAUUAUUUAGGUUAAGAGGAAUGAAAACUGGAGUUUACAAUGCCUGUAUAAACACAAAUCAAACUGUUUUCUAGAGAAAAGCAUCUGGAUUGAAGAUGGCUUUCUCAAAAUACUUCUCCUGGCUGCUUGUCAUCUCUGAAAAGUUCUUUCACUCCUCUUGAAUUUAACACGGGGGUUGAAUCUAUGGUACAGGCUUUCCUCUCAUGCAGGGGUGGGGGCGGGGAAUCAAGUCUUCUUAGGCUAACGAAUGAGAAAUGACGAUGCAGUGAUUCAAACACCUCUUUGGCAACUGCUUCCCUGAAAACUUGACUGAAUCCAAACCUUAUCCAAACCUGCCAAUCAAGCAUCUGCCGCUUUCAUUCAGAGCAUCCUGUGUUAAAUGGCUGUGGCUUUCAAAGCAGGUGCUACAACACGCAGAAAGAAACACACACCUUCUGUUGCCUCUCAGCUAAGUUCACCAAACAUGUCAGAGGACAUUAAGUGGUUAGUUUUUUGUUUUUGUUUUUGUUUUUUUUCCUUGUGUUUUUUGAAUCUCCACUAACCAGUUUUGCGAUCUACCCUCCAGGCAAAUUUGAUUAAGCAACUCCUUAUCCUGAUUGGCAUUACACAGUUCUUGUAAAUAAAAGAACUCCUCUCUGGUUUUCGGAAGGCAAACUUCUUGCACUGAAAAGAAACAAAUAUUUAAUGAUCUUUUACUCUUCGACAUGGUCUUUUCUUUCUAACAUAAGCUGGUGAUAAUUUUUGCAUUCCUAUUGGACCACUAACGAAAUUAAAUGGCAAGGAACCGUACUUCUGAAAACCUGUAGAAAUUUUUUAAUGAAAUGGCGCAGGCUUGAACAGGUGCCAAGAAAGGGAAAGAUGGACUCCUUACUUUUAUAACUCAAGAUUUCUAUUUUGUAUCAAUAUAUGCUGCAUUUUCUGACUGAAAUUGCUGUCUGUCUCACAGGAUUUGUGAUCUUCUGUCGCUUUUUACAUUUGAAAUCAAAUUUCAUACAGUAAGCUUGUUUGUCCCUUUUUGUUUGGGAUUCGAUUAGAAUAUUUUGUUUCAUUAAUUUCUUUUUUAUGUGAUAAAAAGCAAGUGACUUAUGCCUUCAUUAACUCAAAAAGCUAUCUGUGGACAAAAUCCAUGAAGCCUGUAGACUGUGAUUUAUAUAAAUAAAAGGCAGAUCUCCCUGUAAACAGUGAAUUUGUGAAUAAGGAAUUGUUCAGUGGCCUCUGACUCCUGCCCCUUUGUCCCUUCAUGGCCUUCUUUCUAUUCUGAGUCAUCCAUCAAGUGAUUGUGUAUUCCUGUAAAAUACAAAAUCAAAUUACAUGCUAUCAGGUAUGGACACAAGAGACGCUUGCGCUCUCAAUUUCAGGACUCACAGCUACCCUCACAGUCAUGGGACUGUCCUUCACUCAGUGUUUUCGUUAACAGUGUGGCUUUGCUAUAAAACACGGCAUUGUUUGCUUUGGUAUACAAGAUUUUAACUGUUGCAGCAAAUGAAAGACAGAUAGCACCUCAGAAAGGCUGGUGUUACAGACCAUCAGCUCUGCUUGUAACUGUGAAACUUCUGAAAGGGAACUUAUUGCUGUAAAUAUGUACAAUUUAUGUCAGCUUAUUUCAAUAAAAAAUAAAAAAAUCAAUUACAAAUGGCUACGUAUAAAA